AUGACUGGAUCUCCAUCAACUUCUACACAAUUGACUAGUUCUAAUACAACUACAAAGAACAGUACAAUUUCUAAUGGUAAUAGUCCAAACAAAUCUAGUGACAACAAGAAGCGUGGGGGUUGCAUUGUGAACACACAACAGAGUUCAAGUAGCGACGGAAAUAGUCCCAUGCGCUGUUUACCAGCUGUUUUACGUACAUCGAGCUCGGAUAAUAGCACGACCAACACAAGUAGUACGACAACCACGACAACAGACACGACCACGCGGCUGCUAAAGGCUCAAUCAACUCCUGAGUCAAGUCAGACUCAUUCAUGUACAACCAGUACUACGAAUACCGGUAACCGAGAGAAUACCGGUGUAGGACGACGUCAUCUGUACCCGACUCAAUCGUUACCUAGUCCGUAUAAUGGUAAUGGUACCUUUUCCCCGGGACAAAUGUCUACUCAAUACUACGAAUCGGAACGUGGUCGUAUAACAACAGGAUCUUCGUCGUAUAAUCCAAAUCAUUCAUCACCUACAUCUUCUCCUGCAAUGACAGAUCAGUCAUGGGCUGGAAAUAUGUCAACACGUGGAAUUAAACGACAUUUACCACAUCAAUAUGAUGGUUACACUAGUCGUGGAGCGAAUGUUACAGGGUUACGAUUACCUGAUCAUCGUGUGGUUGUACAAAAUGGAACAAAGUCGGGUACACAAUUAACACUUCGUCGUGGACCAAGUAGUAUCAAUAGCUCACGUUCAGCACCUUUAAUGCAGCCAAUGUAUACUAUUCCACCAAGUGAAGAUCCAAGACAAUAUGAACCUUCAGGUGAAGCACGUCAUCCACGAGAUAGUACACGAUAUGAAACAUGGACAUCGAAACAACUUCGAAAAAAGUGUUCACAUUUAAAGCUUCGUGGAUUGAAAAAUGUGAAAAAACAUGUGAUGGUGGAAGCAUUAUAUCGAUAUUAUCGUAAUCAACGAUUGAAAGAGAUGGCAGAUGCAGCUAGUACUGAGAAUAUGACGUUUAUAUCUCAUUCGCCAGGAAUUUCGUCACCACAACAACAAGCACAACAAAGAAGAAUGGACACAAGAAGACCAUCAAGUGUAGGAACUAAUUCAAUGCUUGGUACACGUUCCGAAUCGCAGUAUCAAUUACGGUAUGAUCAACGAAAUAGUCAACAAGCAUCUCCAUACGACUUGUAUUCAACACGAUCUCGAAAUUAUGGAAAAUAUGGCAGUCAGAGUCCAUCACCGCCAUCAAGUGGUGGAGAUAGCCAUCCACAACGACCUGGUUUAACAAAAUCAGACAAUAGUGGAUACUAUCAAGACGAAGAAAAUAAAACUGAGUCGCAUUUUAAAGAAGUACCUGUGACGUCAGAAGAUGUGAUUCGACUGGUUGAUGUCGUUCUCUCUGCUGAAUUUGUUGAUCGAUUAGCAGCUGAAUUAUCACGAUGGCAAUUCUGGGUCGAUGUACGCGAAAUGUACAUUGCGUUACUGAAUCGACAACAUCCACCAGGAUCUAAUUGUGCUAAAGGAGAAGGAGGUCCGUUGGGGAGUGGAAGUGCAACUAAUUCGCGUAAUUUUAAGUGGAGUAGCAUGCAAUUAUGGGAAAUCUGGAAAGAAUUGUCGUUUGCUUACACGAAAACGUGUUUUGAAUUUACCGCUGCUGGUAUGAACAAGAGAGUUGAUGACCGGGAAUACAUAAAAUUUUGUAAUGGAAGGCCUGAUGUCUACUAUUUGCACCAGCGUUUACAUUUACGACCGGAUCUUUUGCAUUUGAUCAAGUCGAAUGAAUACAUUGACGAAAAGUGUACAAGCGAAGCAUCGGAAUCGAUCGCUCAUGAGCAACAGCAAGCACAGAAACAACAACAAGCAGGACCAUUAGUUGGAUCGGGUUCUCCUAUGUUACGCACAUUGAAACGCUACAAACGAUCUGCUCCAAUUGCUGUAGCUGGUACUUCUUCUGGUGCUUACGAUAGUGCACGAGCAAUUGCUGCUUUUCGUAAUGGUACUGCGUGCGUUGAUGGUGCUGGUACAACUGAUGGAGUUAAAAAUGAAGAAUCUGGUCCUGUGCAACGCAAUCGGGACUCACGUGGUCCAUCACCUGAAGAAAAUAGUACGGAAAAUUCCGAGACGACAGGAGAAGAAGGCAGUAGCAAUGCCAAUUCAAAUGCAAGCAAUAGUUCCCAAGAUGUUUCGAUGCGUGCUGCUUUGGCUGAGCAAAAGUACUUUGGAUUAUUGCUGCAGAAUUUUGAAGUGAUUUUUGAGUCUUUACAUAACAAAAAGGUGCUUUUGGCAACAUUGCGGAAGGACAGCAAGGCUCCUGAUCAACUGAUUGCUGAUUUACAUGAUGAUAUUCAUGUGUUAUCAGCAUUAAAGAAAGACUUUCGCAAUAAGUUACGACGCACGAUUCAAUGA